AUGAUCGACUACCAAGAAAUACGUCUGCAAGACAUUGCUGGACUUCACUGCUCCCACGCCAUUGUUGUCCUCACUGGUGAGUUAGUAUCGUCUGCAGUGCCUGGUGAUCUGGUGGUCGUUGGUGGGAUGCUGAGAGCACGUUGGCCAAGUUGGGCCAGGGAUUCGUCCAAGCGCCUUACGAUGCAACUCGUCUUGGACGCCAGGGACUUGCGGCCGCUCCAUGAGGCGCCGCCUCGCAGCUUGCUGCAUCUGCCGCCAGCCGAGGAUUGCUGGCGACAGCGCCGGCAGAUGGUCAUGUCAGUGGCACCACAUUUACACGGCUUGGAGGCAGAUCGACAAAGAUGA